AUGGGUUUCUUCCCCAUACAAGAAGAAGAUUCACUUUCCGAAUCCGCGCCACUGCUGACGGAGUCGAGGAGAAACCACCCAAGGAGGAACUCGAAUCUCCUUUCCCUUCCUCCUCGCCUUCUGCGCUCGGUCGUUAACAAGACUGCAGCAACCUUUGCCCCAAGGGCGUCCACCGCCAGCAAAAACCCAGCUGUCCCUGGAACUACUCUUUACCAAGUUUUCGAGGUUCAAGGAUAUGCUUCCAUGUUGCUGGGAGGUGUCCUCUCUUUCAACCUCCUCUUUCCCUCUUCCGAACCUGAUCUCUGGAGGCUGAUGGGGAUGUGGUCCAUUUGGAUGUUCACUAUUCCUUCUCUUCGCGCCCGAGACUGUCCAAGUAAAGAGAAAGAGGCUCUUAACUAUCUCUUUCUCAUCAUCCCCUUACUCAAUGUUGCUAUUCCCUUCUUUUGGAAAUCUUUUGCUCUUGUCUGGUCUGCUGAUACACUUGCCUUCUUUGCAAUGUAUGCCUGGAAGCUUGGAUGGCUGGAAAGAACAGAGUAG